UUCUUAAUUAAUUCGUGACGAAAUAUCGGAAUAACAUCGUUUUCAAGUGCGAAGUUUGUUUUCAAGUGCGAAGGGACGCAUUUAAAAUUACAAUUUUUUGCUUUUGUCAUUUCAACUCUAACAAAAAUAUCUGUAAAAUGACUAGCCGUUUUUUGCUAAAGUCUUGGUUUUGUAAAAAUAAUGCUACUAAAAGGCUGAUUACUUCAUGUCCUAACACUAAAGACAAGCCUUUUGAAAAAGUGUUGAUUGCAAAUCGUGGAGAAAUUGCUUGUCGAAUAAUGAAUACAUGUAAAAGACUUGGUAUAAAAACAGUAGCUGUUUACAGUGAAGCAGAUGCACAAGCUAAACAUGUACAGAUGGCAGAUGAAGCAGUAUGCAUAGGUCCGCCACCAUCAAAGCAAAGUUAUCUUGUUAUUGAUAAAAUUGUAGAAGCAUGUAAACUAACUGGGGCACAAGCUGUUCAUCCUGGUUAUGGGUUUCUCUCCGAAAAGUAUCAAUUCUAUGAAAAGCUUGAAAAUUCUGGAAUUAUUUUUAUUGGUCCAAACAAGCACGCUCUUCUGGCUAUGGGAGAUAAAAUCGAAAGUAAAAAAAUUGGUCUUAAAGCCAAAGUCAAUAUCAUUCCUGGUUAUGAUGGUGUUGUUGAAGAUGUAGAAAAAGCCAUUAAGCUUACAAAAGAUAUAGGUUAUCCAGUAAUGUUAAAAGCAUCAGCUGGAGGUGGUGGAAAAGGAAUGAGAGUUGCUUAUAAUGAUGAUGAAGUGCGAACUGGUUUUCGUCUCAGUUCUCAAGAAGCAGCAACUAGUUUUAAUGAUGAUAGACUUUUAAUUGAAAAGUUUGUUGAAGACCCAAGACAUAUUGAGAUACAAGUGAUGGGGGAUAACUAUGGAAAUGUGGUUUAUCUAAAUGAACGUGAAUGUUCUAUACAAAGAAGAAAUCAAAAAGUAAUAGAAGAGGCUCCAAGCUCCUUCUUAGAUGCAGAAACUCGUAAAGCAAUGGGUACUCAAGCUGUGAUGUUGGCAAAAGCAGUUGGUUAUAACUCUGCUGGAACUGUUGAAUUUCUUGUUGAUAAACAUAGAAAUUUUUAUUUUCUUGAAAUGAACACAAGGUUACAAGUUGAGCACCCAAUUACAGAAUUGACUACUGGUCUUGAUAUAGUUGAGUUGAUGUUGCGUAGUGCUGCUGGACAAAAACUUCCUAUUAAACAAGAAGAUGUAACUUUAAAGGGUUGGGCUGUUGAAUGCCGUGUUUAUGCAGAGGAUCCAUACAAAAAUUUUGGUCUACCUUCAGUUGGUUUAUUGAAAAAAUACAUUGAGCCAACUCAUAUUCCAAAUGUUCGAUGUGAUAGUGGUAUACGAGAAGGGACUGAUAUAAGUAUUUACUAUGAUUCCAUGAUAUGUAAAUUAGCUACAUAUGGAAAAAAUCGAGAAGAAGCAUUAAAUAUAAUGGAUAAGGCGUUAGACUCAUAUGUUAUUCGUGGAGUGGCUCAUAAUAUCUCAUUGCUAAGAGAUGUGUGUGAUAAUCCAAGAUUUAGAGAGGGAAAAAUAUCGACAGCAUUUUUACCACGGGAGUAUCCUGAAGGUUUUGCAGGUCGUAAACUUAGCUGUGAAGAAAAUGACCAGUUAUUAUCUGCUGCAGCAUUUUUAUUUUUGAAACAAGAAGACCUUGCUGGACAGUUUCUCAAUAGCAAGUUUAGGUCACCUAAAAUCUCAACAACGUGCAAUUUAUUUGUAAAAGUGAAUGGAAUAACUCACCACCUUAUUGGUAGCUAUGAUGGAAAAACAAUGCAGGUAACUGUUGAUGGAAAACGCAAUGUCACAUUUAACAGUGAUUCAAAUACUUCUUCAAUACUUUUUGAAGCUGAAGUUAAUGGAACACCAGUUAUUUACCAGACUUUGGAAAGAAAAGGACAAUCUUAUAAAAUUCAGCUAUGUGGAACACUAUUUAAUGUUGAUGUUUUGACACAGCAGCAGUUGGAUAUGGGGAAAUUUAUGAUUGAGAAACCAAAGGAGGAAGCUUCUCCGUUUCUGAAGACACCAAUGCCGGGAACUAUUAUCUCUGUAUCUUGUAAAGUUGGAGAUAAAGUGUUUGAGGGUCAAGAAGUUGCUGUAAUCGAGGCAAUGAAACUUCAGAAUUCCCUCACUAUUUCUAAAACAGGAAUUGUUAAAAAAAUUUAUGUAAAGCCUGGUCAAAAUCUUAAUGAAGAUGACUUAAUACUUGAAAUAUCUUCAUAAGUUAUUUUCGUAAUACAGUAUACGAAUAUUUGAAUUGUUAUUUUUGUAUACGAAUAUUUUAAUUAUCUUCGUUUCCGAGAGGUAAAACACGAAUGCUUAUUCAGAACUAUGGAAGUAAUAAAAUAAUAAUAAAA